GCUGCGGGCGCCCCCCGCCUCCUCGCGGCCCCCGCACGGCUCCCGCCCCCGCCGCGCGCCGCCGCGCCCGGCCCGGGAGUCUGCGCGACCCCAGGCCCGCCAGUCGAGACUGAGGAAGGCGGACGUGGGGGCGCCGCGGGGGAUGAGUCCGGCCUGACCAGCUUGUAGGAGGAGGGACCGACGCCCAGCCCCGGGAUUGAGGGGCGGGGAGAGAGGGGUGGAGACCGGGAGAAAGGCUAGGGGCCUCGGCGACAGGACUCCAUUAGCCGCUCCGGCCGGGACGCAGCCCCUCGCACGCUGAGGGACGCGGACGCCGCCGUCCGGUACCAGCUGCCGCUUGAGCUCCGGGCGAGGAGCGCGAGGAGCGCGCGGAAGGAGCCAUGGCUCUGGACGGGAUAAGGAUGCCAGAUGGCUGCUACGCGGAUGGGACGUGGGAACUGAGCGUGCAUGUGACGGACCUGAACCGCGAUGUCACCCUCAGGGUCACCGGGGAGGUGCACAUCGGAGGGGUGAUGCUCAAGUUGGUGGAGAAACUCGAUGUAAAAAAAGAUUGGUCUGACCAUGCUCUCUGGUGGGAAAAGAAAAGAACUUGGCUUCUUAAAACACAUUGGACUUUGGAUAAGUAUGGCAUUCAGGCAGAUGCUAAGCUUCAGUUCACCCCCCAGCACAAACUGCUUCGCUUACAACUUCCCAACAUGAAGUAUGUAAAGGUGAAAGUCAAUUUCUCUGAUAGAGUCUUCAAAGCUGUUUCUGACAUCUGUAAGACUUUCAAUAUCAGACACCCCGAAGAACUUUCUCUCUUGAAAAAACCCAGAGAUCCAACAAAGAAAAAAAAGAAAAAGCUAGAUGACCAAUCAGAAGAUGAGGCACUUGAAUUAGAGGGACCUCUUAUCACUCCUGGGUCAGGCACUGAUGUUCUUUACAUUGGCCCUCUGAAAGGAAGUAUAUAUUCAAGCCCAGGACUUUACAGUAAAACAAUGACCCCUACUUACGAUGCUCAUGAUGGAAGUCCCUUAUUACCAACUUCUGCUUGGUUUGGUGAUAGUGCUUUGUCAGAAGGCAAUCCUGGUAUACUUGCUGUCAGUCAGCCAAUCACAUCACCAGAAAUCUUGGCGAAAAUGUUCAAGCCUCAAGCUCUUCUUGACAAAGCAAAAAUCAACCAAGGAUGGCUUGACUCCUCAAGAUCUCUCAUGGAACAAGAAGUGAAGGAAAAUGAGGCUUUGCUCCUCCGAUUCAAGUAUUACAGCUUUUUUGAUUUGAAUCCAAAGUAUGAUGCCAUCAGAAUCAACCAACUUUAUGAACAGGCCAAAUGGGCUAUUCUCCUAGAAGAAAUUGAAUGCACAGAAGAAGAAAUGAUGAUGUUUGCAGCUUUGCAGUAUCAUAUCAAUAAACUCUCAAUCAUGACAUCAGAGAAUCAUUUGAACAAUAGUGACAAAGAAGUUGAUGAAGUUGAUGCUGCCCUUUCAGACCUGGAGAUUACUUUGGAAGGGGGUAAAACAUCAACAAUCUUGGGUGAUAUCACUUCCAUUCCUGAACUUGCUGACUACAUUAAAGUUUUCAAGCCAAAAAAGCUGACUCUAAAAGGUUAUAAACAGUAUUGGUGCACUUUUAAAGAUACAUCUAUUUCUUGCUAUAAGAGCAAAGACGAAUCCAGUGGCACACCAGCUCAUCAGAUGAACCUAAGAGGAUGUGAAGUUACUCCAGAUGUAAACAUUUCAGGCCAAAAAUUUAACAUUAAACUCCUAAUUCCAGUUGCUGAAGGCAUGAAUGAAAUUUGGCUUCGAUGUGACAAUGAGAAGCAAUAUGCACACUGGAUGGCAGCCUGCAGAUUAGCCUCCAAAGGCAAGACCAUGGCAGACAGUUCUUAUAAUUUAGAAGUUCAGAAUAUUCUUUCCUUUCUGAAGAUGCAGCAUUUAAACCCAGACCCUCAGUUAAUACCAGAACAGAUCACAACUGAUAUAAAUCCUGAAUGUUUGGUGUCCCCUCGCUACCUAAAAAAGUAUAAGAACAAACAGCCAGGCUAUAUAAGAGAUUUGAUAACAGCAAGAAUCUUGGAAGCCCACCAGAAUGUAGCUCAAAUGAGUCUAAUUGAAGCCAAGAUGAGAUUUAUUCAAGCUUGGCAAUCGUUACCAGAGUUCGGCAUCACACAUUUUAUUGCAAGAUUCCAGGGAGGCAAAAAAGAAGAGCUUAUUGGAAUUGCAUACAAUAGACUGAUUAGGAUGGAUGCUAACACAGGAGAUGCGAUUAAAACAUGGCGUUUCAGUAACAUGAAGCAGUGGAAUGUCAACUGGGAGAUAAAAAUGGUCACUGUGGAGUUUGCAGAUGAAGUACGAUUGUCCUUCAUUUGUACUGAAGUAGAUUGCAAAGUGGUUCAUGAGUUCAUCGGAGGCUAUAUCUUUCUUUCAACUCGUGCAAAAGACCAAAAUGAGAGUUUAGAUGAAGAGAUGUUCUACAAGCUUACCAGUGGUUGGGUGUGAAUAUAGAUACUAUGUAAUGAAACUCCAUGGCCAUAAUAUUUAACUUUAAAAGCUGUUGUUCGUUAUAUGCUGCUUAAUAAAGUAAGCUUGAAAUUUAUCAUUUAUCAUGAAAACUCUUUUGCCUUAUCAGACCAGUUAAUAUGUGCACUAACAAGCACGACUAAUAAUCUGCUAUCAUGAUACAAUAUAUGGACUUGAAAAUGGCACACAUUCCUUAGGGCCAUGAAUUGAAAACCGAAGUAGUAGGCAAGCCAGGAACAACCAAUUGUCACUGAUGUAAGCUAGCCAAGCUGUACGAAACUCAAGCCAUUUACUUUAAAGCUAUCCAGGGCUUAAACUAUAUGAAGUCUAUUUAUCAUGUUUAAUGCAUGUAUUUUAAUAUAUGUUUGAUUUGAUAUUGUGUUUAAAAUUAUCCUACUUGUGGUAUUACCAUACAUAAGUCAGGCAUGCAAAUGCCUGAUAAUUAAUAAUGUCAUUUGUUUUACUUUGAAGGAAAAUCUUAGUCCGUUAAACUUUGUUUGUAUUUGUUCUUUGAAUAAGCAUGUAUGUAUAUUAUCUUGUUUUUUUUUUCACCAUAUUGUAUUACAACACUUUUUAGUAUUCACCAGCAUAUUCACUGUCUGCCUAAAAUAUGCAACUUUUGCAUUACAAUAUGAAGUAAAGGUCUAUGAAGUAUAUACAUUUUGUGUAACUAAUGUACAAACACAAAUUUUAUAAAAUUGUACAGUUUUUAAACUACUCACAGCUAGCAAAUGACUUAGAUAUAGCAUCUCUGCAUUAAUGAAUGCUUUAAAUAUAUAAUUAAUGUGGAGUUUUAAUAUCUGCUAAAUUAAGGAUGACUUCAUUAUAGUCAUGAUUUGCCACUGUGUCCUUAACACAGUCUGGACUGGCCAUGUUCUAGUCUGUUGCGCUAUUACAAUCUGCAUUGGUGCUAGUCAGAAAAUCCCUAGCUCAGUAAGCCCAAAAGGGUGCCAGAAAGGGGCUGAUUAUCAGUAUUGUCCAAUAAUCCAUGGUUUAAAGUCUGUAUAAAUGCAUUUUAUUUUAAAUAAAAGGUCUUUUAUUUAAUGUU